CAUACGCAAACACAGUAACACACACGGACCCGCCCAAUUCCUUAAGAUUCAUUUUCUGUUUUGUCGGUGGACCGAUAAAUAAUCCACACAUGAACCAAAACCUCCCGAAACCGUAGGGUACAGACCACCUUUGGAUUUUAUUAACAAAGAGUUCAGAACUAAGGAACGCAUCCGGAGAGACUACCUGUCUAUACCUCCGCUAAAAUGGCUGAAGAAAACCCUCCUCUCAAGCAUUUCCUGACCUGCAGCGUGUGCACUGAGAUCGUCAAGGACCCGGUGUCUCUGGGCUGUCACCACAGCUUCUGUUCCAGCUGUCUCAAGGACUUCUGGGGCCAAGCGGAGAACAAGAACUGUCCCGUCUGUAAGAGGAAAUCCUCAAAGGAUCUAGUCGUUAACUUUUCCAUCAAGGAGCUCGCUGACUCCUACGCUGGAAGACAGAGGUCUGGCCCCUCUGAUGAGGCCCAGGUGGUCUGCACUGAGCACUUAAAGGAUAUCAAGUGGUUCUGUAAGGACGAGCAGAGAGCUGUGUGUCAUGUGUGUGAGUUCCCUCACCACCAGGGUCACACAGUGGUUCCUCUAGAAGAACAAGUCCAGGAGCUGAAGCAGCAGCUGAGACCUGACCUCACGGCUCUACAGGCCAGGAGGAGGAGACACCAGGAGCUGGAGGAGACGUAUGAGGCCAUGGUUCCUCACCUCAAGGAACAGCGGGUGAAGACCGAGAGGCGGAUCAGAGCAGAGUUUGAACAGCUUCACCGGUUCCUGAGAGAGGAAGAGGAGGCCAGAGUGAAGGCCCUGGGAGAGGAAGAGGAGCAGAAGAGGAAGAGGAUCCUCCUGGAGAGGAAGACCCUUCAGGAGCAGAUCCGGUCUCUCUCAGAGAGUCUCUCGGCUGUAGAAGCAGACCUGCAGAAGGACGGCCUGUCGUUCCUCAGCGCUUCCACGCGCUCCCUGACCAGCACCAGAGCCCUGCUCUCCGGUUCUGAUCCCCAGCUGCUUCCUGGAGCGCUGCUGGACGAGGCCAAACACCUGGGAAACCUGGCCCACAGAGUCUGUGAGAAGAUGGGGCAGAGGACCACCUUCAGCCCCGUUAUUCUGGACCCAAACACUGCAUCAGGCUCACUCUCUCUGUCUGAUGAUCUGACCAGAGUGAGACAGAGCGAUGUAACCCAGAAGGUUCCUAACAACCCAGAGAGGUUCACUAUGUACAGUAAUGUUCUGGGUUCUGAGGGCUUCAGCUCAGGGGAACACUGCUGGGAGGUGAAGGUGGGAGACCUUCCUACCUGGAGAAUAGGUGUUGCUAAAGAGUCAGUGGACAGGAAAGGAGAGUGUACUGCUUCACCAGCUAAAGGAAUCUGGUGUUUAUCUAAUGACAGUGGAAAGUACAAUCAGGGUACUGGUCAAACCCUGACAUUGAAGAGGACUCCAGAGAGGAUCAGAGUCCAGCUGGACCAUGAUGGAGGGAAGGUGUCCUUCUACGACCCUGAAGACAUGACUCUCAUCUACACCCAUCAAGACACUUUCACCGAACACAUGUUCCCUUAUUUUAGUGUUGGAUCAGCAGGUGAAGCCCGGACCAAAGCUCUUAGAGUGUGUGGUGUCUCCUCACGCACUAAACCAUGUAAAUUAAUGUAACCUCGUCAGUUCUGUUUGCCUGCUAGAGUCUCUAGUAUGUAGAAACACGCCGUAUCAUAUAUAUAUAUAUAUAUAUAUAUAUAAUGUAACUGCUGGCAGUGUUUUCUUGCUCUGUGGACUAUGUGUGUCAUUCCAUACAUUGACCACAAGGUGGACUCGUAUUAUUUUGUUGUAAUAUACCUGUUGAUUUGUUUCUUUGUUCUACUAUAUGAUUAUUACCCAAUUAUUUUAUUUUAUUGGGAUCGUGGGUACAAGCGGCCGAGAUGAGUUUUCUCAGAAGGGUGGCUGGCGUCUCCCUUAGGGAUAGGGUGAGAAGCUCAGCCAUCCGUGAGGAACUCGGAUUAGAGCCGCUGCUCCUUUACUUAGAAAGGAGUCAGCUGAGGUGGUUCGGGCAUCUGGUAAGGAUGCCCACUGGGCGCCUUCCUUGGGAGGUGUUUCAGGCACGUCCAGUGGGGAGGAGACCUCGGGGAAGACCCAGGACUAGGUGGAGAGAUUAUAUCUCAACACUGGCCUGGGAACGCCUCGGGAUCCCCCCGUCAGAGCUGGUCAACGUGGCCCGGGAAAGGGAAGUCUGGAGCCCCCUGCUUGAGCUGCUCCCCCCGCGACCCGACCCCGGAUAAGCGGACGAAAAUGAAAAAUUACAUUUUAUUUAUAUAUAUAUAUAUAUAUAUAUAUAUAUAUAUAUAACUGCAGGCAGUGUUUUCAUGCAUGUAUGUAUAUGUGGAUCAAUAUAUCUAGUUGUGUAUAUAUAAAGUAUAACAAGUAUAGUAUCAUAGACGGUAAGGAUGGUCGGUGAAGGUCUCAUUGCAGCCUGUGGAUCAUUAACAGUGAGGGGUGGGUGUGUUUUCUUGUUAACUGGUAUGAAUGGAAUUGUACGUUUAAUGUUGAUAACAAGGGUCUGUAAUAGAAACACACAUGUAGAGAAAUCAAUGAUAUUGUUACGACAUUAUUGUUAUGUUAACACCUGCACAAGAAUCACAUGGGAAAAUAAUAAUCAUCUAUCAAACGGUUGGUUGUGUAAUUCUAUUACUUUUGGUUUUAGUCAAUGCUGUUCAUUCCUGUCUGUGUAUUAGUCUACCCUCACUGUUUGGGACGUAUCGGUUUAUACAUAUUCACGCAGGGUAUAGAAAGGUGUUAGGGUUUGAUUCCAGGGUUUGGGUUUAGUAACAGAGGAAAUCAAUCAACAUAAUGAUGAAUUAAUUAUUAUGUUAUUAAUUAUUAUGAAUUGUGAUUAUUCAGAUCACUGUGAUUCCAUUCCCGUUAACCAACUCAAAGUUAUUUCUUACAAUAAACAUGUGUCGGCCUGUUCUAUGAUUCAUGUCGUUCAUAACUCCUCCAGAAGCCGUCCUGACGCGUACAACAGGAAACCUUCUUCACACACUUCACAACCAUCCGCAAAGUCACAUAAAAGUUAUUACUUUAGCCUAAUAUAUAUUAUAU